CGUGUGUGCGGAGCGGGGCCUCCCCCCCCCCUUCCUCCCCAGACAGUAAAUCAAGCGUCUUCAUUCAUAGUGACCUAAUGUAAGAGGCUGCCCGCACACGUGACCGCGAGGAGCCUCACAGAAGUGUUGUUGCAGUAUGGCCGAGCAAGUGGUGACAGUGAGCAGAGGUGUGGUCAGCAGUGUGUGGAGCUACGUGGACACCACAAUGAAGUGGUGCUGGAUCCCCAGUUGGCUCCCAUCAUGGUGCCCCACUUCUCAGAGCCAGCUACAGGCUGCAGAGGACAUGAUGCUCCGAUGUGUAGACAGUUCUUUCUCCAAACAGUAUGUCCCCAUAUCCAGUGACAACCUGCUGUGGACCUUGAGCUUUAGCAGUGUCGGUGUGAAAGACAAAACCCCUUUGGUUCUACUCCAUGGGUUCGGCGCUGGUGUGGGCCUUUGGGCCCAGAACCUGGAUGCUCUCUCUCAGUGUCGGCCAGUCUUUGCUCUGGACCUGCUGGGUUUUGGUCAGAGCAGCAGACCUUUGUUCUCUUCAGACGCACAAGAGGUAGAGGACCAGUUUGUGGAGUCUAUUGAGCAAUGGAGAGCUAAAGAAGGUCUGGAGUCCAUGAUACUGCUGGGACACAACCUGGGAGGAUACCUGGCUGUGUCAUACUCCAUUAAGUAUCCAGGCAGAAUCAAGCAGAUAGUUCUGGUGGAGCCCUGGGGCUUUCCUGAGCGCCCAGACACAGAAGAGUCUGACCGUCCCAUCCCGGUGUGGAUCAAAGCCCUUGGGGCCAUGUUCAGCCCGUUCAACCCCCUGGCUGGCCUGCGACUGGUCGGACCACUGGGUCCCACCCUUGUCCAAACUCUGAGACCUGACUUCAAGAGGAAGUUCUCCUCCAUGUUCAGUGACAACACUGUGUCAGAGUACAUCUACCACCUGAAUGUGCAGACCCCCAGUGGAGAAACAGCUUUUAAGAAUAUGACCAUUCCCUAUGGCUGGGCUAAGAGACCAAUGCUGCAGAGGAUGGACCAGCUGCAGCCACAAAUCCCCAUCACCAUUAUCUACGGCUCCCGGUCCAGUGUCGACAGCAACUCAGGCUGCACCAUCAAAAAGAUGAGACCACACUCUCAUGUGGAGAUCAUUACGAUCCGUGGAGCCGGACACUACGUGUAUGCCGACCAGUCAGAGGACUUCAACCACAGAGUGUCGCAAGCGUGUGAAAAAGUGGCCUGAAGAAGAGACGAGCCGUGCCAUUGAACUCUGGAGAAAAAGGGGAGCACCAGUAACACCACGCACAUCACCUAGGCAGCUGGUGUAGAACCACAGGAAUCCACUUCCUCACGGCAGGAAUAAGGAGUGUUUGUACAUAAGAAUAUUCUAAAAGGAGGAUCACACUGAUGCUCACAAGUUGUAUCUACUGACCAGGGGAUUCAGUCAUGUUCUUAGAAAUUUGGUAAAUAUGAUAUGAUGGAUCAAGUCCACUCUUAAAUGCUAUUUAACAGCCUUCCUACUCGAAGAUAUGGGCUGACGUCACAUGCUACAUUCUAAAGCACAAACCACAGCUGUAACGUCUUGGUUAAUCUGUUUCGGCUUUAUUCAUACAGUAUUUUCUCAGAACUGCCUCCUAAUGCAGUGAAGAAACAACCUUCAUUCAGCGUUGAGCACAUCUUCGUCCAUAUGUGGCCUUUAAUAUUUCCUACUGUUUUCCUGAUACAAACAUGUGCAAUAAUUUGUAUAUAACUGAUAAAUAUACAUUUAACAAUUUAUGAGUUUCAUUUCAUAAUGUUAUAUAUAUAUAUAAAUAAAUGAUAUGGAAAAUAUCAUAAUUAGUACACCCUAAAGUACAUCAGACUGAAACAGAAUCAAUGUCACUGCAUUCAAAGAGCUCAGUUACACUUCCUGUACAGAGCUUGAUCUGUGCAUUGUGGUUUUUCCAUAUAUUCUGAUACAGACAGGAAAUAUACUCAUCAGUAUAUAGUUCCACUGCAUCAGCACCAGGAAGCGGCUAUAAAUGAAUCUGCUGCCAGUAAUGUUCUUUUCUGUAGCGUCUCUUCUCUGGAAUUUUUUCAUGCUCUGUUGUUUUACUCAAAUUUAAUUUCCACUGCAUUAAUUGUGAAUGAAUCCAGAUAAGCAUUAGUCUAGCCCAGCAAUGAGCUGAAAACUACAAGACAUAUAACGUUUGUUUUCCUGUAGCCUGCAUAGAGUUUACAGUUUGCCUGUGUGACGGUGUGUUAGUAGAGAAGUGCCAAAGAUUUUCCACUGUACAGAAGUGAUCCAUACAGUAUUAAUGAAGUUAGGGCCAAUGAUAAUAUGAUUUCAAUUUUAUUUGUAUAGCACCAAAUCAUAACAUACAUUAUCUCAAGACUCUUUACAUAGUAAGUUCCUGACCUUGAAAAUUAUAUACACCCAACAAUUCCCACAAUUUGAUGCUUUUUUCCCCCCAAGCCCUCGACACACAAUCUUCAUCUCUGAGAGUUCCAGCAAAAACACAAUCAUUUGAAAGCAUUUUAGAGAAAACUGUCAAUUGAAAUUUCUUAUUUGUAAACUGGAAGCACAACUGACAGUCAGUAUUAUGCCUCUUUAUUUCUUCUCAUGGUUGAUGUGCAGACAUAGGUGUCUGAAUUUUGUCUUUAUAACAAGGGUCUGUCCAUUUUUAGUGGCAGUGCAACGUGGCAGUGUAUGCACACACACUUCACAUAUCACACUUAACUGUUUUCUGGAGCAUUGACGUUUAAAGGAGCACAGAUACAUGAUUUCCACCAUCAUUCUCUUUUUUAGCUGGAGUCUGUUCAUAGCUUCAACAUUCAGCCCUUCUUGUCCUGCAUUCGGUACCCCCCCCCUCAAUAAAGAUACUCGAAUUGAACAUUAUUGAAAGAUCAGACGGGACAUGUCUCUGUAGUAAAGAUGCAAAUUCAGUGUUUAUCAUUAGAGUAUGACAUGUCAGUUUAAAUUAGCAUCAGCCUUACCAAUCCUGCAGUGAACAUUACAAUUCAUGAUGGUAUUUGUUAAACAUGGUCACGUGGUAAACAGCCUCGUGUCUCAGCUCUCACCUGUUGAGCAGGUGACAUUUAACCGUUAAAGGUUUUAGGCUUUUGGUAAAUGCUUCUUGUCAAAGUCCUGUAAAAACAGACAUAUAUGUCUGGAGUAAACCACACUACAUCCUGGUGAGCAAGGUUAGGUUCCAAGGCUUAAUAAUUGUAAUUUGUGCAACUACAAAUGUUGAUGUGGUUUUAAAUUCCAGUUUUGCUUUUUUAUCGUCAUCUGUGGUUGCGUAGCCAAAAGUCUGAAAACAUACGCUCUGAGGAUGCGAGAGUUUGCACUCUACAAAUUUAUUACAGAUUGCAUUCUGGUGGUAUCGAAUUUACCAAGCAUGAAAAGGUUGCAUUGUGGGAAUUGUAGGAUCUAGCGAUUGAGAUGGACCCAUACUAGGGCUAAUAGUCUGAGUACAUAAUCACUGAUGUGCCCCUUAAAGGGAAUAACUGCAGUGUUUCAAUGUAAAUUGAAAUAAUUAUCAUUUUAAAGAAAACAAUGGAAUGUCUACUAAGCCUCUAUGCAUAUUUAAUGGACUCACAUGCCUCUCUACCUCUCUCUAGUUUUUAAGGCAGGUGAUUUUAUAAAUUAAAUGUUCUUAUGUUAUUAUUCCAUAAUAUUAAAUACACAAACUCAGCAUUCAAAGAAGCUGAAGGGAGAAAGUCAACAAUGCUCUUACUGUGAAUUGAUAUUAGAAGUAAUUUGUCACAGGGAAAUAGGACUUUGUAUUUUUACUGAGUGUCUUGAGCCAGUCGCUUAGCUGUUAUUGUUAACUAAAAAUAAAUUUGUAUUGCAUCUUUUGUCUUGCUUCCAAAAAUGUUCCCUCUUGUGACAGUUCACAAAUUUCUACUUAUUUUAAAUGUAAAUCCAAAUAAAUGUUUGCCAUAG